CAUGGAACCUCAUGGAACCUCAUGGAACAUCAUGGAAUCCCAUGGAACAACACAGAAUCUUCUGGUUGCUGACAAAUGAUUACAAAUGAUUACAAAUGCCAAUGUAUCUAGAACAUUCCAGGAGCCAGCAGUCUGUCUAUAAAGGCAGCCUGCCCUCUUGCUCAGAUAACUCAUGCUUGCAAUUUCAAACUCAAUCCACUCCUUCAAUUCACCUCAGCAACUCCUUCCUCAACUCACUCCUUACUGAUCCUUUGUGGUAUUCCCACACUUGGUCUCUU